UCUGUCGAUACAAAUAAAUAUAUUAUUAUUUGAUAAGAAGAAUUCCGUUAGUAAUACAAACAUAGAACCCUUCUGUAUACUCACGUCGUUAUUUUUUUCAAGUUAAACUAUAAAUAAGUGUAUAAUACAUGUAUGAAAAAUUUGUAGUAAAAUUCGUACAUGAACAAGGUAAGCGUCAUGGCAAAACACAUUGUAGUGGCAUUAUUUGUGAUCUUAUUCAAUAUUGAGAUGAAUAGUGCAGGAUCUGUCCAUUAUGUGAUAACGAGAGAUACAGGUAUAGCACAAUCUGUAGCUCCAGCACUUGCACUUGAGAAGGGAGGAAAUACUUUAUAUUACUUUGGAUAUACAUUUAAAGGUAAUUGGUUUCAAGCAAUGGAGCACUGCAAAUCACUUAAUAUGGACUUAGCUAGUAUAGAAUCAGCGCAAGAAAACGAUUUUCUUUAUAAUCAAAUGAGAGAAUUCCUUGGCGGUGGAGCCGAAUAUUGGUUUUGGACAUCAGGAACUAUAUUACCAGACAACAAAUGGGUAUGGAUGAGGACAGGCAGACCAAUUCUCUAUUCAAACUGGUUCCCAAAUCAACCUGAUAAUUCUGGGAAUAACGAAAAAUGUCUUGAGGUUAGAUAUCACUACACGAAGGGUCUUCAAUGGAACGAUAACAAUCAAAAUACGAAUCGCCAUGUUCUUUGUGAGGCUAAAAUUACAAAAUCGGUGUCAGAAAUAAUUCCUACGCUUUGUAAUUUGACUCACUCUGUACGUUCUUUAACAUAAGUUUUAAACAUACAAAUUAUAAAUGCUAGCAUAUUUUUUAUAUAACUGCAUUGUUUGGUUCUUGUUAAUUACGGUAAUACAGUCUACAACAACCA